GCAGAACACUACCAGGUAUUCACACAGGCACACAUAUAGCUACCAGACGAAUGCCUAACACAUCAGAUACUGAUACUAUGUCGAUGGUUGAAGACAGGGACAAUAACAGAUUCAUGUCGCCAUGGCAACAGGAAAGAAACCAGCUCCAGAUAAUUUAUCCCCCGAAAUACUGCAAGCCGUGGAGAAAGGGGAUGUAGCGCGAUUCAACAAAUGCGUGAAAAAAGGCGCAAACGUUUUAGGGUUAGAUAAAAAUGGAUGGAACAUUCUUCAUCACAUUGGCUAUCACAACAAGUAUGCGUUUUAUAGAAGCAUCGUGCUGGAACACACACAGAUCACAACACUGAUACAUCAAACGGCAAAUGACGGAUCCACGCCCCUUAUGAUGUCCUGUAAGCCGAUCCCUCCCGACAUUCGUUUGAUUGACGCAUUCGUGCGGCUGGGUGGAGACCUCCUUUACAGAGAUUCACAUGGACGGUCAUGUACUGACGUCACUUCCGACAGAAACACGCGCAACUACCUGUCUUGGAGAAGGCUACAUACGACUGGACUUCCUGAUGCAGUCUUGGAGGAACAGUCCACUCCGAAGAAUGACGUCAUCAUGCAGUUUCUACGAUCCUUUACUUACAUGGACGACACGUUUGCAGAUAGGUUCGAGAAAGAACUGAAAAAGAAAAAAGAAAAGUCUGCAAACAUUCGUAUCAUAUUUCUUGGACAUGAAGGAGUAGGGAAGACAACUCUUUGCCAUUGGUUGAUCGGUCAGAAGGUCAAGGACGGCGGGCCGGGGUCAACUGAUACCAUGGAAGUGAAUCUUAGUCACCUGAUGAUCAACAAGGCGACAGGGGAGGUAGUGUUUUUGCCAGAACAUGAUGUUGGGAGAACCCUUUGUCAUAGGAGACUCAGAGAUAUGGUAGGGAAUUUAACAUUGUCAGAUAUGCCACCACAGAGAGAAAACAACUGUUUCAUUGGAGAUAUGGCCUACGUAAACAUCUUCGACUUCGGUGGAGAAUCGUUGUUCACCAACUUCCAACACAUAUUUCUGAAUGAUGAUGCUGUGUUUAUCCUCGUCUUCAGCUUGCACAACUGUCUUGAUGAGCUGGCAAUUGUGGACAGAGUCUACUUCUGGCUGAAAUUCAUCGCCUCAUAUUCACAUGGGAAGUACAAGCCUCCGGUCAUUCUUGUUGGAACCCACAUGGACAAAAUUCCACCCGCGGAUAGAAAAAACACUCUGAAGUUUGUCAUUGACAUAAUCAGAAAUAACCCGGAGAUUGACGAAAUCUAUCAGAAUCACAUCAUUGAAUUUUUCCACAUCGGCAAUAAGACGCAGACUGAUUCAGAACGAGAGAUUAUCUGGAAGGCCAUCCUAAAGAGUGCUCCAUACCAGGCACAGUGGGGUCAACUACUGCCUGGAAGCUGGAUAUCUCUCGAACAUGACAUCAUGCGUUUACGGAAUAGCUCAACAAGGGUCAUGACUUUCAAGGAAUUGAAAGAGCGGGCAACGAAGUUUGGUGUGGUGGACGUCGAAGGAUUUCUUCGGUACAUGCAUACGUCAAGGACUAUCCUCAGCUUCCCCUCCGAUGACGAGCCAGGUCAACCCAUUCCCUUGGACAUGAAGAUUAUCCUCGAUCCUGCCUGGAUGAUCAGAGCAUUCCGUCUGAUUGUGACAGCUCUCAAAUUCCACCUACAGAAUCUAGAAAAAGAUGACCCCUUGCUGAUAGAAUAUCAACGAACCCGUCGACUGAAGAGAGAAUUCAUUGACCGCAUAUGGAGAAUGCACGACGUCAAGGAAGGUUUUCUGUCACAUAGCGAGACCCUUCUCUACUUCAUAGAGAGAUCCGAGCUGAUUGUCAAGCCUGUACCAACCGGGAUCCCGACGGAUGUAGACACAUACAUCGUGCCAUCACUGUUGCAGCCAGCUGAUCCAGACUUGGUAAGACAGUACCUCAAGGACAAAUAUGCAAAAACAUCUUCGACGCUUUGCAUUCAGUUCCAGGACAAGUUUGUGCCAGAAGCAGUCUGUGACAAGUUUCUAGCGUCUUUGAUUUACAGGUUUAAAGUUGAUGACGCCACGUCCCUGUGUAUACAACGGGGUAUUGCUUGCUUCCUGUUGACAGGCGACUGGAAGAUGAUUGCUCAUUGCCGCGACAGAAUGAUCAAAAUCACCCUCUUCUCUGAAAAUCCAUCACCUCAACCAUUUACCAACGGCAAACAAUUAAGAGGCAUUGUCACAGAUCUCCUGGAUUCAACUUUACGUCGAAACGACCAGCUGCAUCUUGUUUAUAAGGCAUACCUACAUCACAAUUUCGAAGUUCUGCAGGAGGAUAACGUUUUGGAACCAUCCAAAGUCAAAUCAAUGCUACACUCAGACAGGACAACGAAACUAUCCAAGGCAGAUUAUGACUUCUGGUUUACAAUGCAGCCAAGACCAAAAACAGCAGGGAAAGGAGCUAACGCAUCUUCAGGUAAUACUAGUGGGGUAGAUUUAACAAGAGAACCAUCUCUGAAGCAAAUGAGCCACAUAGCGAAACACAUUGGGGAUGGCUAUGUACUCUUCUUCUUGGAGUUGGGAAUGAAGAACAAUACCAUUACGCAAGUACGCCAAACCAAUGCCGCACUUGAUUUUCGGUCACAAAUAACACGAACAUUGAUAGCCUGGAGGAACAGUAGGUCCCAGUCUGACGUCACCUUGUCCGCCAUUGUUGAUGCUAUGAAUGCUACUCAUAUGGAUUCCGCGGCAAUGAUGUCAGAGUUGUCACCAAAUUCACAAGAGGCGGAAAAGAUAAAAAAGUCAGUAUGCGAUCUGUGUUUGCCGGAAAGACGUCUGCGUGAGGUCGAGGUGGAUAUUGUUGCACGUUCCAUUGGAACGAUGUACGUUGUUUUCUUCAUACAUCUUGAUUUAGAAGACGAAAUAAUUAGGGAGGCCGAGUUAAACCACCAUGGCGAAGCAAGAAAUAUGAAAAUGCACUUGCUGCACACAUGGCUUCAGCGAAACGGUAAAGAAGCUUCCGUCCAUAGAAUAAUGAUGGCUUCACGGGAAUGUGACAUCAUUGGCUGGAAAGAACUAGCUGACAAGUUGCGUCCAAAAUGAGAUGGAAAGGACCGUCUUCCCUGGACUCAUCUUGAGAGAAAACUCAUGCGGGUUAUGAACGAUAGCACAUUGCCCACUGCGAAAAAGUUCAUCUGCGUAGGUCUGUAAUAUGAAUGUAUUCAGCAUAACCAACGUCUGUGUCUUUACGUUGCUGUAUGAUGGCAAACCCUGGACAUAUUUUUACUAGUAUAGCACAUGUCCACACAAAAAAAAAGGAAGCUUCCUUUUCCAGGGACAAGCAACUAGAUGGUUAACAGCGUUGACACAAGUUCGUGUAAAGUAGCACCAAAGAACGACAAUCUCACUUGCAAAUGUGUGCUCCUUGAUUAAUGAAGAAUAUUCGUUAAUAAAAAGACAGGUUGUCAAUGAUACAUGAUGUCAAUUACAUUAGUCAAGUUUGUUAUCAAUAAUAUAUUAUGUCAAUGAGAAAGGUUGUAAAUGAGAUAUGUAAUCAGUAAGACAUGUUAAAAAUGUAUGAUGUCAGUGAGAAAGUGUUGUCAAUUAGAUAUGUAAUCAGCAUUACAAGUUGGGAAUCAAACAAGUAUGUUAAAAUGUCAUCAAUUAAUUAUUUUUGUAUAUUAACAAUAUCAAGUAGUGAUACUUAGAAUAAAAAAAAAUCUAUAUAUCUUUUUCAGGAAAGUGUUUUACUGUGACUAUGAAAUCCUGCAGGCAAAUGUCAAAUUAAAAAUAUCAUGUUAUAUGUUCUAUAAUUAAAAAAACUAUAGAUACUGUAUAACGUUUACUUUUCCAAAAUUAUCAUAAAAUAAUAAAAUAAUGUACAGGAUUCAAACAUUUGUAUCUUGAUCAUUCCGGCAACUGUUUGCCAGGAUAUAUAUUUCAUUGGAAUUAGAUAAACACAUAUAUAGAUCAACAUAUCAGACUAUGAUUCCAGGACAUCAAAAUAUAAAGUCAUUCGAAUGUAAAAUAUUUCCUAAGACGUAUUUAUUUCAUCAAUGUAUUGACGGAUAUAUGUUUUAAUACAGUUUCCAUUUAUGACGUUAUUUAUCAAAACACGCUUGACUAACACAUAUCAACAUUUUAUCAUUAUCAUAAUAUUUUACACAUUUGCCAAAAAUAUAGGUAACAACUGCAACAUCAAAAACAAAUGCAAUACAAUUUCAUGGGUUGUAAAACAAACAUAUAUAUCCCUUUUUUAACUUCACUUUGUUUUAAUUGUUUAUGUAAUAUAUAAAAAAAAUUGUUUAUCUUAAACGUUAUGUUUUCCUUCUCUAUUUGCACAACUCAGUCUCAGUCAUAAAUAAUGGAACCAGACGCUUCGACUAUUUCUUUUGAAACUACAUUCAUCCAAUCGUCGUUUGUUUAAAUAUAAAAGCAAUCAUUUCGACGCGAAAAUAUUGAAUCUACACAAUCUUUAUUGUACAAAAAGUCUGUGGAUGUUUGAAAAAAAUCUUAUCAUAAUUAAGCACUGAGUCAGUAAUUAAGAGUAACACAGGGAAAACAGAUCAUGAAGUUGCAAUAUACAGAUUAAUCCAGGUCCCUGAUACUCUAGCUAGUGUGACGCCUUUAUUUCGACUACUGAUUCCCUUUGAUCGGUAAGCUUCCGGACACAAAUGUGCUUUGUAGACAAACAGCCAGCAAGAAUACCAAGCCAAAGGUACUCGGGGAAGGCUAGAGAAACAUAUGAAAAUGUUACCAUAUGCAAACUACUUGUAUUAUUCAUACACAUUCAGAUUUCAACGAGUUUUGAUAAAAUAUCGAAACGGAGCUUGACAUUAAUUCAAGAUUUCCUUGUCUUAUUUUUAUUUUAAUUCGAAUGAUAGAUUUUAUUAAAACAAUGGAAAUAAUUGUUUUUUUGAUAAAUUACAAUCAUAAAUUACUUUUUGAUUUGUAUAGAAAUAUGUAUACAUGUAAUCUUCUUUCUUUUAAGAUAUAUUAUCAUAUGUUGUCAACGUACAUACAUGUAUUUUAGCGGUAUUUUUAUUUUAGCGCAUUUCGGGCCUUGGAUAUCGCGCUAAAUUAUGAUUGAAUUUCUGUGAACAGAAUUGAUUACAUCCAUUGUGAGUGCGCCAAAACAUCAUUGCGUUAAUCUGUCAAAAUUUGACAAUACGUAAAAAAGUGUGCCCGCUAAAAUAUGAACGACAAAUGUAUGUUUAGUACCAUUUUCAUUUAACAAAAAAUACAUUAUUGUUCUUUGUUUUUGUUCUGUUGCAUCUUUUAAAUGAGAGACAAGCGGAUUUCUAAGUUGUUCUUAGCUUUGAAACACAAUUUCAGGAAUUGAUUACGUGUGUGUAAUUAUGCAUUGGAAAAGCAAUCAAUGUGUCUAAAUAUUUAUGAUAACUACACACUGUUGGUGUGACAUACGUUUCAUUAUGUAUCUAUACUAUCUAUAAGUAUUCCAUUUGUUUUUUAAUAA